CACUCUAUAGUAGAAGCAGAAAUAAUAACAAUGUACUUUAAAUUUUGUGCACUCGAUUUUACAGCUGGUGGUAACUCUCUUUUUAAAUAAUCUGGCGCCACCUAUCACUAAUUGGAUUUGCAUAAAAUGCAGUUAAGUACUGUACUUUCCUUCCACUGGUACGGACGGGAAAUCUUCCUUGGUUUGCUCCGCAUGAACGUCAGCACGAAUGGUAAAACGGAGAAGGUUGUUUUUGGCCAUGCCUUGUACAGCUUGACGAGAAAGUCAGCUUUACACCGUUGCCUUGAAACUGAAAAGAAGUACCAUUAUUUCUCAGCAGUUUCAAUUUAAAAAUGAAUGGGAAAUUGUUUCUGUUUCCAUAUUAAGUAUCUGCUCGAAUAGCUGUGCCGUUUUCUUUAUUGUUGGAAUCUGAGGCAAAAGUAUUUUGAAGAUGAUAUUGAAGGAACACUAAUUCAGCCGUACAAUGCACAGUAUUGCCUGUUAUUUACAAAGUAAGAAAUGUUAAGCUCCCGAAUUAAUCUUUCAUUGGGGCAAGUGGAAGAAAAGAAUGGGAGCUAACAGUUCAUCAAAGAGACCGGUCUUCGACGAAAAGGAAGACGUUACUUUUGACCAUUUCCAAAUACUUCGAGCUAUUGGGAAAGGGAGCUUCGGCAAGGUGUGCAUCGUACAGAAGAGAGACACAGAGAAGAUGUACGCCAUGAAGUACAUGAACAAACAGCAGUGCAUAGAGAGAGACGAGGUCCGAAACGUCUUUAGAGAGCUAGAGAUCCUACAGGAAAUUGAACAUGUUUUUUUAGUAAACCUCUGGUAUUCCUUCCAAGAUGAAGAAGAUAUGUUUAUGGUGGUGGACUUACUUUUGGGUGGAGAUCUGCGCUACCAUCUAAGGCAAAAUGUCCAGUUCACUGAGGAAGCAGUAAAACUCUACCUUUGUGAGAUGACCCUGGCACUUGACUACCUGCAGACUCAGAAUAUUAUCCACAGGGAUGUUAAACCAGACAACAUCCUCCUGGAUGAACAAGGACAUGCUCAUCUUACUGACUUCAAUGUUGCAACAAUUAUAAAGAAUGGGGAUAGAGCUACUGCCAUGGCUGGAACCAAACCGUAUAUGGCCCCAGAAAUAUUCCAGUCCUUCCUGACAGGGGGAGCUGGUUAUGCCUUUCAGGUGGACUGGUGGUCACUAGGGGUCACUGCUUUUGAAAUCUUCAGGGGAUGGAGGCCCUAUGAAAUCCACUCCAAUAACUCAGUGGAGUCUCUUAUCCAGUUAUUCAGCACAGUGAGUGUGCAGUACUGCCCUGCCUGGCCUAAAGACUUUGUGGCUCUGAUGAGGAAGCUGCUGACUGUCAACCCCGAGCAUCGUUACUCGUGCCUCUCCCACAUGCAGGCGUCACCUUACCUGCUAGAUGUGAACUGGGAUGCUGUUUAUGAGAAGAAGGUGGAGCCAGGGUUUGUACCUAAUAAAGGUCGUUUGCAUUGCGAUCCGACUUUUGAGUUAGAGGAAAUGAUUCUGGAAUCCCGACCUCUUCACAAAAAGAAAAAGCGUCUUGCCAAGAACAGGUCUCGAGAUAACAGUAAAGACUCCCAGUCUGAGAGUGACUAUCUUCAAGAGUAUCUCGAAGUAGUGCAGCAAGAGUUUAAGAUCUUCAACAGAGAGAAAUUGAAAAAGAGCCAGGAGGAGAGCCUUUUGUCCAGAGGAGAAGGUGAGGGAGAAGCUACUGAUACGGCAGAGCAAGGCAUGGAGGACGAGACAGAACCAGAGACAUCAGCCCUAAACAUGUGUCGCUCUAUCUGUUCAUCUUCUGGAAGUUGCUAGCACCACCUAGUGGAGAUGUAUUGCUUCAACUUAAUCCUCUGAUAUGUUGCACUAUACCAGUGGUUCUCAAACUCGGUCCUCAGGCCCCACUGCCCUGCUUGUUUUCCAGCUAUCCCUGCCCUACACACUGCUGAUUACCUGGAUCAGGUGUGUUCAGUCAAUCAGAAGCUGAAAGACAGCUGGGACUUGUGUGUGGGGCAGGGAUAGCUGGAAAACAAGCAGGGAUAGCAGGAAAACAAGCAGGGAUAGCAGGAAAACAAGCAGGGAUAGCAGGAAAACAAGCAGGGCAGUGGGGCCCAAGGACCGACUUUGAGAACCACUGCACUAUACUGACAAAACGUAUAGAUACCUGUAGCUUGUAGUUUGUAGCUAUGAUGGCGGAGUCCUUCUAACACCGUCCAUUUCUCCAUCGCUGUAGCACCAACACGUGUGACUUUAGGAAAUUCCUACUGGUCCCGCUUUCUGUUCUGUAGAAUAGGGUAAGAUCUCUAUGCAAUAUUAAGCAUGAAUAAUGACUUAAUCUUGGUGGAAUGGCUAUUAAACCCAUCAAAGUAUGAGCACGAUAACACAGUAUAUGUAUAAGAAGCUUUCUGGGUUUCAACAUUGAGAUGUAUUCUUUUCAUUCUGCUACAAUUUCCUUGCUAAAUAGUACACGUUUCUCUGUUUAAUUAGGGCAGCUAAAUGCUGAAAUAUUUGUUGAUGUUUUACAAUUUUAUGAUAUUCUAUCAUUAUACAGUACAUUCAGUACUGUUUGAAUUUCUUAUGCAAAACAUGUAAGAAAUAUAGAUUUAACUCAUUGGACUUUCUGGUGUAACAAGGGCAUAUUCAAGUGAUAAUAGAAUGUAAACUUAAGGAACCUCACCUGUCAUUAAACAUAAAUCUGUUAAUAGAACUAUUUAAUUCUCAAUUUCUAACAACAGCUGCAAUUAAUCACACAAUGUGCUGCUAACCUUUUAAUGAGAAAGUACCCUUUUGCCCUCUCUAUUGUUUAGGCACCCAAUGAAACCUGAUAGAAUACUAAAGUAUAUGAUUUCAUUUAGCCAUUUUAGUUCCAUAUAGAUUAAAUCUAUAGCAGUUUAGUAGUGUGUGAAAAAGAAUUCAUGAUGACUGUUUAACAUACAUACAUGUAAAUAUUAUUAACAGUGUAAUGCCUUCACCACAGUUAUAUGUGGAAUUUACCAAAACUGUUAUGUAGUGUGUUUUCAUACAGAGUUUUCCGGUGUAUAGGCAAGAAAAAAUGUGUUUCUUGUUUGUCACAAAAAUGCUUUACAUAAUAUCAUAUUUACAUUUUGUAAACAACUUGUUUAAUAUGGAUUUGAUAUGAAUGUUUGACAAAAUUGUCAAAAUUCAUAAAUAUCAAUAUAAUGCAGUUAGCUAAAUCAAAUAAUCCGGAGGAUACUUUGACUCCGUUUAUCUUUUCGAUAAUAUCCUGUUGAAUUGUAUGCAUCAGUAUUUGUAAUGACUGACAGCCUUUUGGUCCAUUUGGUGUCAACUUCAUGCAGUAAUAAUAUUCAUUUGCUGUAUAUACAUACACUGCUUUUGUUAGUUUGGUUAAAAAACAAUGAUGCAUACCAUUAAUUUAGCAGUGACAUCUUCCAUAUUUAAAAUAGAAUUAAAUGUACAGUACAUGAUGAAUAAUUUCACUACAUGUAUUUUAAUAUGAAUAUCUGAACAAUGGCUUUGUAAAAAUGGUCUGCAAAGGAAAUGUAUGUAUAUUUAAACAACGUUUGCAAGGUAUAACAUUCAAUAUCAAUGGGCAUGUAUUGAAGUAAAAUUGAAGUAAAGUAAAGUUUUUGACUUGCUAUAUAUAUAUAUAUAUAUGUGUAUAUAUAUAGCAUCAUCAUUGACAUGGAAACAUCUAUUUAAAUUACUUUGUAGGAAGAAAAUUAACAUCAUUAAAUAUAUUCAUGCACUUCACAUUUUCCAUACUACUUUAAAAUCGGCAUUUUCCAGUUACCUUUUCAUUAUGAAUGCACUUGCAAGUUUUUUGUGUAUUUAAGCAUACUC